CUAGUGAGAGCGAGCAUGCCGUUCGCGUCGCAAGCGAAUGCCGUCGCUACCGCAGUCUCCGCCGCCGUCGUCCUCCUCGUCGUCGCCGUCGUCCUCGUCGUCGUACCGGUUUAAAGCGAGACGUGCCGUGCUUCUCACGCCUCUCAGAGACACGAUUGUCCCUCGCUCGUUCGCUCGCUCGCUAGCGUCAGUGUGUCGCGCGCCGUCGUCACGAAAGCGCACGUUUCCGCUUAGCUUUCGCGUCUCGGCCCGCAUCGUAUCCGCACCGCAACGAGCGCGAAACAGCAGCAGCAGCUCGGGGGGAUUUUUCAUUUCAGAACAAUCGCCUCCGACGUUUCGGAGGCACUCUCGCGCGAGAGGCGAGAGAUCGCUACUCGUUCGCGCGACGGCGCACUCUCGUUCCCUUUCCCCCUUCUUUCUCGAAUCUCUAGUCAACCCCGGACUCUCCCCAUCUACUUCUUUUCCGUCCGGUUCUCCCUUCGCCACCCGCGCCUUUGUCCGUCUCCCCCUCCGUCCUUUUUCGCCCUUCGUCGUCGUCGUCGUGAGCACGCUCUCGCCGCUUCUUUAUCGAGAAACGCUCGUGUAAGUUUCACGUGAAGCCCUUCUCAAAGCGGAAGAGAGAGAGAGAGAGAGAGAGGGACCCCUCAUCGUCAUCAUUGAAGCAGCUAUGGCGCGCGAGGAAGAACGGUGGUGCUUCUUCAACGGCGCGAACGGACGGCAAAGACCGAUGCGGAUUCCGCUGCUGUUGGUCGUCCUGUGCGCGCUUCUGGUGGGAUCUUUGACGGUGGUCGCCGAGCACGAUGAUUCUUAUUAUAAUUACGCUGGAUGCAAGAGCAAGCGUAGUUUAUCACCGUUCCAUUAUGAUACUUGGAAACUCAUAUUGAUCGGCGACAAGAAUGUGCCGGGAGGAAGAAUACGCCGGGCGACGUCCGAGUUGGUGGUGACGAACGAGCAGAAGGACGAGCCGCCCAAGGAUCAAGCAUCGCCGCAGCCGCAACAACAGCCGCAGCAGCCACCGCAGCUGGCGACAAACACGACCAACCCACGACCGACAUAUGACGUAAAGUAUAUCUCGGGUUACUCCAGUGAAGCCACUGUCCAAUUCAGAACCACUGAGGCCACUUCCACUCCAGUCAUUCAGGUCCAAUCAGUCAAGGACGCCGAAGGCAUCAAGAUCCCUUCCACUAACUUCACCAACCCCAAGAAGAAGGUGACACAAUCGGUGAAAGCCGAUGAUACGGCGACGUUAAACGACUGGACGAAUCGCACGUUGUCGAUGCGAAACAUCACCGUCUCCAAGGAGCUGCCGUCAGUGGACAGUAGCAACAAGAGCAACAACCAAACGAAGGAGACGGAAUUGGCGAAGGACGCGAACGCGGCGACGAGCGGCACCGAGGACGCCGAAAAGUCCGACGACAUCGGUGAUAUCUCCAUCAGCAAAUUCUCCGACGUGACCAACACCACACUCACGCAAAACAACAUCACCAAGACGGUCUACGACACGCAUCAGUAUUACAACAGCACUUUUAUCGUCGACGCCGAGAUAUGCAAGAAAUACUGGGUCGACAUGGACAAUCAUCCGGAUCUCAGGGUUAAUCAUCUGCUCAGCCAGAGCCAUCGACGCGCCGCGACCGUUAAGCUGAAGUUCGAUUUCCCUUUCUACGGAUACAACGUCCGCAACAUUACCAUCGCCACCGGCGGUUUUCUGUACACCGGCGACUACGUGCAUAGCUGGCUAGCGGCCACCCAGUAUAUCGCACCGCUCAUGGCGAAUUUCGAUACCCGUCUGUCGAACGAGAGCUGCGUCAAGUAUGCUGACAACGGCACGGCGUUUACGGUCGAAUGGGAGAAGGUGAUACUGCAGGACCACCCAAAGGCCGGCCCGUUUACUUUCCAGGUGACCUUGCAUCAGAACGGCGACAUCGUGUUCGUCUACUCGGUGAUACCGCUGGUGAUCGAGGACAUCGAGGACACGCUGCAUCCCGUCAAGGUCGGCCUCAGCGACGCCUACAUCAUGGACCGAACCGUGUUCUUUGUGCGCCGGAAGACCAUCUACGAGUACCACCGCGUCAACUUUAACCGGCAGGACAUAAAGAGCUGCACGGUCAUCUACCUGAAAGCUUUGCCCACGUGCCUUAACUUCGACAACUGCUGGGACUGCCUGACGAAGGUGCCCGAAUUCGACUGCAAGUGGUGCCCGGAGCUGAAAAAAUGUAGCACCGGCACGUCCCGACAGCGGCAGGAGUGGUUGCUCAAGGGCUGCGACGUGCGUAAUAUCAAGGAGGCGAACAACUGCCCGGCACAGAUCACGACCUACAGGGGCGACGAAUACGAUCACGACGGUCACGUGCAUCCCGAGAAGUCGAUCACCGCCAACGAGAUGAGCGCCAAGCAGGAAAGACCCGGUACCAGUCCCUUAGAGAGUACCACUCCGAACAAUAUGAAUAUGGGCGUUUCGGGAGUAAUCGGCAUUCUCACCAUCGUCGCUUUAGUGGCGGGUCUCGCGGCUUGGGGUGCAUACGCCUAUCGCAACCCUCACAGCGCAUCGGGACAGAUGCUGAUUAGGUAUCGUCCAAGCCAAUGGAGCUGGCGAAGAGGAGAAGCCCGUUAUACGGCCGCGACCAUUCAUAUGUGAUGAGGUGUCGACGGAGAUCAAGUCACAGUCAAUUGCGAAACUGUCGGACCAAACUUCCUAUUAACUGUACAGCGUACCGAGUCUGCGCAAUAAAUAUAAAACGUCUACUCGCGACGACGCGCUGAGCUUUUGUCAGAUUUUGCACUCAAUCGCAUAAAUAUGGACAAUCAUUUCCAUUUCAUUUACGACGUUACAUUGCGAUACGUCGACGCGGAAUCGAUUCGAGCCAACAAGAGAAUGUCUAUUUUAUCCUCUCUUCUCUGGAAAUUGACUUACAUAUAAGAAUCGUGAUAUAUUUUUUACUUAUUUUAUAAAUAUAUGAAAAUAUAUCAUACGGCGAUCGAGAAUAAUUAAAACUAAUUAAGGAAAAAGUUAUUUCGCCGAAAAAAUCCGACGUUUAUGAAAUGUAUUUUACUUAUUGUUAGACGAGUUUGCGAAGCUCGAACGAUUUAAUGUGACAUAAAUUCACGCGAAUUAAUACCCGAGAGAUUGCUCCGCGAUCGUAUCAAAUGGAGGUGUUUUCAGGAUAUAUUGUGAAAAUUGUGACGUUUCUUAAAACACUAUCGAUAACCCAAGCUGCAGAGAUAGAGGCCGAUGUCGAGAGGAAACCGCUUGCGACGGUUUCCCACGUUAUAUGAAGAUGAUCGUAUAAUAUCGAGGCACGGAUGACUUCUGAGAUCACUUGCCCGUCGAGCAUUUAUGUAAUUCUUAGCAGCACGUGGUACACCUUGUUAUUGUUCAAGAAUCCGUUUUUCUUUUUUUAUCGUUAGACAAAUUGCAAUAUAAUUGUUUUGUAUACGUAACGUCCGCAUGGCGAAGAGAAAAACGUAUAAAAAAAGAAAAGGAAAAAGAAAAAAAAAAUUUCAAAGAUUUCGGACGUUCCGAUCUAGCAUGCUGAAACUACAGUUUGGUGAGCUCCUCGAGUAGUCGACAAAAAAAAAAAAAAUAUAUUUCGAUAUUGUUUAGAAUUUAAAUUGAUCGAAAAUUCGUCCUAAAAUUACUCGCAUCAUUUUCGCUACACAUUCCAAAGUAUAUUUAUAAUUUCGAAAACGGACUGCGGGGUCAUAUACAAACUGUAAUUUCAUCAUCGCAAUUUAUAUUACAUACACAAUCAUAUACAUAUAAAUAUAUAUAUAUAAUUCUUUAUAUAUGUAUAUGAAAAUAUAUUUUACGAAGAGAUGAUUUUUUGAAAGAGAUCACACACGAGUGCACUUUAUAAUACGCGUGAAAUGGUAAAGAAAAUUAAAGGAUGAAGAAGCUGAAUAGCACACGAGAUAUAAAGAUUUUAUAUAGCAUCUAAAAUAUUAUUAUAGAUCAUGAGUGUAUAUAGUAGUUCUACGAAGCAAUAUAAUUUUUAUCUAAUUUUAAGUGUAUAAUUCACACUGUCAAAGGGUGCCUUCUUCGUAAAAAUUUUCGUUCGAUAUAUCGUGUAUAAUAAUAAAUAAGCAACGAAGAGAGAAUCUGAGAAGGGAAAAUCUCAUUGUAAAUCGCGACAAGAGAAACGUUGCUGAUCACGUGUCCCGAUUCCCAAAAGAUUCGUCUCGGUUUUGAUUGUGAAAUUCGAGGGGGAAACGCAAUUGUAAAAAGUUCGUAUUCCGUUAAAUAAAAUAGUCGAUCUACAUCGACUUAUUGUCGAGGUUGAGGCUUGCGAUCAAUGCGUUUCAUUGUAACGACGAACGGAUGACGAACUGGAGUGAAUUAUUGUCAAAUUAUUGUGAACGGCUUUUCUUACAUUAUUGUGUACGAUUUAACUCAUAGUUUGUGAUAAUAAAUAUUAUAAUUAUUAUAGUA